CUCUCGUCACAGAAAGAGUUUUGGUAAAAACUUGGAAUAGUAUAGCGAUAAUUCAUCUCGAAUGAUUGUAGAUUCUGACCACAAUUUUCAAGGUUACUAGCUCAAGUAUAUCAACAAAGCCCUAUCUACGUCUCUUGCCUCGAAAUUUACACUAUAAAACGAAAGCUUGACGGGGAAAGCUGCCAUUCAUAUGUUGGCAAGCGCCGACUUGCGUGGGAAAGGGGCCGUGGGAAAUUCUCAUCAUGAGCAGGUGUCUGUAGAAUGAUGUUUGUGAAGGAAGAUAGUAUGGCUUUCCAGUCCUACAAAUCAAUGAUUUUGUGCCACCUAUAAGCUGGAAAUGUUUCCUGAAACCCAUUUCACUCCUUUCGGAAGAGGACGACGAACUGCUGAUGUUGGUCAUUGGCUCUGCAUACAUUGCCCACAUGAGAGGUAACUAAUGACCAUGCUUCAUGAAGAGUGUGUAAUAACAUCUCAUUACACAGAAGCUGGAGUUCCUGUGUCCCUUUGAGACAGCACCACAAUGCCUCACCAGUUUGGACUCCCCACUAUGGCGCAUAGUAUGCAAACUCCACCUUCACCACCAAAUUUCUUUGAAAGGUUCAGUUCCAUGUUGUACAGACCAGAUGAGCAGAGACUUACUAGGGAGGCGAUGGAAAGGUAUUUGAGGGAGAGAAGUGAUAUGGUGAUCGUGAUACUUCAUGCCAAAGUAGCCCAGAAAUCUUAUGGAAAUGAGAAACGCUUUUUCUGUCCACCUCCCUGUAUAUACCUUUUUGGUGAAGGGUGGAGGAUGCGCCAGGAGCAAAUGCUGAGAGAGGGAGAAACAGAACAAGCAGCUCAACUUUGUGCAUUUAUUGGUAUUGGAAACUCUGAUCAAGAUAUGCAGCAGCUGGACUUGAACAAUGGUAAGCAGUAUUGUGCUGCAAAAACAUUGUACAUUUCAGAUUCAGAUAAACGUAAACACUUCAUGCUCUCUGUGAAAAUGUUCUAUGGAAACGGCCAUGACAUAGGCGUUUUUCAUAGCAAAAGAAUCAAAGUGAUAUCAAAACCAUCGAAAAAGAAGCAGUCUCUGAAGAACGCUGAUCUGUGCAUAGCUAGUGGUACCAAAGUGGCUCUCUUCAAUAGACUUCGCUCUCAGACUGUAAGCACAAGAUACCUUCAUGUCGAAAAUGGCAACUUUCAUGCAAGUUCAACACAGUGGGGAGCAUUUACAAUUCACCUGCUGGACGACAACGAAUCAGAGUCAGAGGAAUUCGCAGUUCGUGAUGGUUAUGUGCACUACGGAAGUACAGUGAAACUUGUUUGCAGUGUCACAGGUAUGGCUCUUCCACGCCUCAUAAUACGCAAAGUUGAUAAACAGAUGGCACUCUUAGAAGCAGAUGAUCCAGUGUCUCAGCUGCACAAAUGUGCUUUUUAUAUGAAAGAUACUGAAAGAAUGUACUUGUGUUUGUCACAGGAACGAAUUAUACAGUUUCAAGCAACACCUUGCCCAAAGGAACCAAAUAAGGAAAUGAUAAAUGAUGGUGCAUGUUGGACUAUUAUUAGUACUGAUAAAGCAGAGUAUCAGUUUUUUGAAGGCAUGGGACCAGUUCGUGCUCCAGUGACUCCAGUUCCAGUCGUUCAUAGCUUGCAUUUGAAUGGAGGAGGUGAUGUCGCAAUGCUCGAACUUACUGGUGAAAAUUUCACACCUAACCUACAAGUGUGGUUUGGAGAUGUGGAAGCUGAAACAAUGUAUAGGUGCCAGGAGAGUAUGUUAUGUGUAGUGCCCGAAAUCUCGUCAUUCAGAGGGGAGUGGUUGUGGGUGCGUCAGCCGACACAAGUACCCGUUUCUUUGGUAAGAAAUGAUGGGAUUAUUUAUGCGACGGGCUUGACGUUCACCUAUACCCCAGAGCCCGGCCCGAGACCGCAUUGUCCACCGGCAGAAGACAUUAUGCGAAGUGGCCAAACCAGUCGAAUGCCAGCAUUGCCCGAUAUGGCUUGGGGUCACCAUCCUCCUCCUCAAGGAGGACUGUGAAAAAGACUUACUUCGUAAAAGCACUUGUAGAUAUGUAAGGUGUAUGACAGAGCCUAGGUAUUGUAAAGAGCACUCUCUUGUAUUACAAUCAGAUUAUGCUUUGUCUAUCCAUGUGAUAAAUUGCAGAUUCCUAAAGACAUAUAUGUCACAGAGAAUUAAACUUAUUUUAUUUCAUUUGAACCUGAUCAUUAAUGUGAGUAACAUUUAUGAUCUAGUUGACUGUAAUUUUUGUAUUAUACAAUGUGUAUUGUAUUGUUUUGUAAUGUCUUAAGUAAUGUAUUUACUUAUCAGAGACGGAGUCCUUUAUAGCAGAAAAUCAUUUAUCUUGCUUAUAUACAAGCGAACAUAAAAAUGACAAAUAUGGCAGCAUAAAAAUAUACUUUAAAAUAAACAAAAGACAGCUAUUUUAUAAAUGGCCUUGUGUGUUUGUAUGUUACAAUUCAGACUGAGAUGUAAAAUAUAUACUUCUAUACUAUGGGCUAACUGCACCGAUCAUUGUGGUAAAUAAAUAAAAAAAAAUAGUGUUUCUGAAGGUCUUGAAUUUUGCAUAAGGAAACCACAGCUUUUAAAACAUGAUCAGGAAUAUGAAAAUUCAUUCUUUUCUUAUACAAACUGUGUUAUAUAGUUACAGUGUAAAACUAAAAUUCAUUGUGAGCUAUAGAAUACUUUAUUCCAGUAAUAAUUCAAUAUUUUUUUUGUGAUUUGGAAAUGUAUUCAAAAAAUUAAAACACAAGGCCUAAAUAUAGUCCUAUGUGAUUCUUAUGUAGUUUUCUUUGCUUUAGACAUUUUCACAAAUAUGUUCAUAAAUGUAUGAAACUGAUAAGAGAUGAAAAAGUGGUGGUCUGUGAUUCUGCGGACAACAUUGCUGCAUAAAAAAUUGGUUGAGGGUGAUACACACUGACAACAGCAAUAAAAUGUAACUGCAUUUAUAUACUAAUACUUAUAAAUAAAUGACACAAAUUUAUAUUUUUAUUAAGAGCGGUAGCAAUGUACAGUACAAUUUUAUAUAGGAAUAUAUAUAUAUCUAUAAUUUUGCAUUGCAGUGAUGUAGUUAGCUCUUUAUAAGAAUUGACAAAUAAUGUAUUAUGAACACAAUUUAAUGUGAAUUCUACUUAGUGAAUGCUGUAUUUGAAUUUACCUGCAGAAUUAAAAUGUCACCACCUACACCCCCACCUGUAUAGAUACAGCUUUUUGGCAGAGUGGUUUUAAUUUUCUUCAAUUGUGUUAUUGAUUUUUUGCCGUGUUUUUGUUAUUUAAUGAAAGAUUAUAUGCUAUAAAAUAGUGAAACUGAGUGUGGAAGUAUGAAAGUUGCCAGUUUUGUGAAAUGAGUGUAUGUUUAAAAAUAUAUAUUUGCAUCCAAUUUUAA